AUGGAAGAAACUACCCCAUCACCAUCGCCUACAACUAAGAUCACCCCCUUCCAGCUUCCUGAACUGAUGCACAGGAUCAGUCGAUUCGUCUCCCUCACGGAUGCCAUCGCCUGCGCUCAAGUCUCCAAGGAAUGGUCGGAAACCUUCAUUCCUGUCGUCUGGUACGAGGUCAACUUUUCCUUCCAGCCCCGUUUUGCCGAUCUCUCGCCAGACAUCAUCUCCAAGCAUGGACAACACAUCCGUAUCAUCAUGAACGCCAAGUCUAUUCACGAAGUCACUGCCGUUGCCAACGAGGCUGUAACGAACCUGACAUCGCUUCGAAUCGAAGCGGCUGCCUCCGUUAUGCACCACAUCCGCACCUACGAGAUUGUCUCCAGGAGCAUUCCCAGUCUUGAGUCACUCCGUCUCUCUGCGGCCUCUAAAUCCGUCAAUGGAGAAGCCUCGCUGACCCACUUUGUCUCUGCAUCGUCUCUUAUUCCAUUUUCGUCGCCUUUACUCGGAGUCGCUUCCUUUCUGACGUCUCUGAGAAUUGAUCGCUUGUACUUGACUCUCGAGGGCCUAGUGUCUAUCCUGAAAGCUAGCCCGGCGUUAAACGAUCUCAAAUUGGUUUGCACCGUCAUCGUUGGGAGCGCCAGACAAACGAUCCAGCAUCCAGGCGUCGAGACCCUCGCUGCCGGCAUCGAGUGUCUCUUUCUCGGGGACCCUGCCGAUCCAUCGCUGUUGUCAUUCUUUCCGAAUCUUACUCGUCUGUGUACCUGGCAGGAACAUCCACAGAUCCCUAUACCUACGGCCAAGAUCAAAGAGGACGUGGCCCGGUAUUGCCCUCUUCUGACGCGAUACGAAGUCCAGGGAAGUCGCAACCUCGUCCACCAACUCCUCGCCCAUGUUGGUAGAAACGUCUCCGCGCUGAUGUAUGAGUUUUCACGCAUUCCGGGCGAAACCAUCAUGGAUAUCCUCUUGCACCAAGCAUCGCUGAAAAGUUUAAUCGUUUUCAGUGAGCGUUCAGGCGCAAGUUUUGAGGAGGAUGAGGUGGAGGAGGUUUCGGAAGCGAUUGAAGAAUUCAGUCAGUUCUUUCAGCUGAUUCCAAGAGGUUGCUCUCAGUUGAAACACUUGGAUCUGCAUCUUCUUGAGAUGGAUAUGAAUGAGGUGGAGUUGGGGGAGUGGGCUUGCAAGGGUCUUGUGGUGCUUCGAAUCAGAAUCAAGGGUCUUGAUACGAAGGAGAGGAUCCUUGAAGCAAUCGCCUUGUGGCGCAAGGGAUGCUGGAGGCGGCGACAGGAGGAAGCCGGGGCCUUAAUGACAUCGGAGGAGGAGCAAUAUGAUCAAAUGGAUAUCUCGAUCGAAGCACGAGUCGCACGUCAUCUCCUCAAGCUUGAAAAUUUGCGGUUGGUUUGGCUCGGAUGCCAGACGUGGAGGCCGUUCUAG